UAUUUAUUUAUUUAUUUUUCAUUUUAGUAUCCAACUAUGGAACUGAAUGGCAUGUAGCAAGGGCGUCCAUCUCCAGUCCAUACAAAGCCUAUUCAAGAGAUAAGAUUUUAGCCGAUGUCUCUGUAAAAAUAGGAUUAAACAGUGUCAAUAUCACAUUACAAGCAUUGAAGCAGAAGCGAAGUGAAGAUAUCAAUUACAACGAACGAUUUCGGUGGAUAGGGGCUGAUGAAAUGAAGGCUGAAUAUAGGGGUGCUUUAGUGAGGGGCUUGCCUUUUCCCCUUCUCACAGUUGCCGAGUACUUCACCCAAGAACUGGAAGGUUUUUGCUGGGGAAGAAGAUACAGACUCGCCGGCUAUUAUUCCUGCAUUCUUCUGUGGGCCGCGUUCUCUCUGUGGCUGCUGAUGAAUAUCCUCCUAUGCACGGUUCCCAGGUAUGGAGCAUAUACCAUGCAGAUGACCGGGGUGCUGAUGCUGCUCACAAACGCCCUCUACGCAUUUCUCUUACCUCAAAAACCUCUGGUCAUUCCAUUUGAAGGAGGAUCUUUGCACUUCGCUUUCGGUUGGUGCUUCUGGAUUGUCUUAGCUGCAGGUACACUAUGUGUGUUUGUUGGAGGUGCAGUGGCCAUUGUAGAUCUUCUUUUUCCCAAUAAAUUCUCGACUAUUCUAGAAGUCGAUUACGACAUGCCCCACAAGUACCCCAUGCCUGGAACAAAACAGAAUCACCCUCAACCAGCACAACAACCAGUGAAGAAGGAGGGUUUCGAGAAUCAAGGAUUCGAAGAGGAGGAUUACAGUACCAUCAUUGAUGGAAAGAGAGCUGUCAGUCUGCGCAAUUUUGGCAAAUUUGCGCAGAAGGAGCAGAGUUAUAACAAGAGGAUCAACAACUUCACGUUCGAUUCCUACCGACCUUCUAAAGAUAUCAAUAUCGAUAUUUCAGCGGCUGCACUUUGGUGAUGAUUUCAGAAUAUAGUUUUUGUGAAUGAUUGAACAGUUCUUACUGGCGUUUCUCGUACCCCCAAGUUCAAGGCAGGUGUUUUUUCCCGGUGUGAGAAACGGCCCUUUUUCCUCCAAAAUGUGAUAUAACGAGUACCUGUCGCCAUAUUUCAGUGUUCCAAAGUAAUCUGUGUGUGACACCUUCUCAGUUGCUGGUGAUGUGGAAUGUUUUUAAAAACAUUCAAAUGUGGCCAAAGAGCUGUUACUAUACACCGAUAACAACAAAGAAACUUACACACACAUGUGCGAUAUUUAAAAUCACUCUUAGAUUGUUAAUUACUUACAAUUUAAUUUAAAACAGAGACGUGUUCCAAAAGUAGGCUUAAUUAUGUGUUCUUGACGUUAAGAUUGUAAAAAUCUGAAUACGUUGGAUUCAAUUAAUCAUCUUCAUAAGAAAAACUGCAAUUGUAAACUGAAGAGUGGGAUUAAAGCUCCCGACAGCGGAAGUGAAUAUCGCAGGUUCAGGAAUGAAAUUCAACUCUUACAAGCAUACAACAUAAAAUGACUGAAUGGAUACAAUAUUCAAGCAGAAUCUAAGCAGAUCCAUUAAAAUAUAAAUGUAGUUGACGCUAGGUGAUUUAAUACCAAUAAGAGCCAAAUCACAUUUCAUCAUUAAGCGCUAGUCCAAACCAACAUUAAGAGACUGCUUUGUUGCUGUUAAUACAACUAUAAAAUAACUAAGAUACAUAUAACGCAUAAAAUACAUAUUACCAAUUAACCCAUUUGUCGUUAGCGUCCUUUUAAUAGGACAGUUCUUUUUUUUUUUUCAAAGAAGAAAAAUGUGGUAGCACAAGUGUCUCUAUUUCAAGAUUUAUUUUGCAAACAUUAAAUAGUUCUGCAUUAACUAUACAAACAUUUAUAUUUGGAUCUGAAGUUACCGCUUGGUGCUUUUCUUAAGCUAAAGUGGUAGGUAAUAGGAAAAAAAAUAUCCACUUAAUGUAAAAAAAUAUGCACUUUUUUCACCUAUGUGUUUUUCAUAUAUGGACCAGUUUCUGAGGCUGGGCAUUAUUUGCAGUGUUCUCUAAACCCCGAACCGUGGAUCAAAUAGUACCGGGUCACCAAUGUAGCAUUAAAUCAUUUCAUUUUAUUUACAUCUCACAGUGGACUGAUCGUAAAGAUACGGUUCCCAGUAAUCAAGCAUCACUGACUGCGGUCAGUAAACUGGUGGGUGACCACUUUGAUCAGCCUGCGUAGGGUUCGAGGGUGCACGGUAUCGGUCCUCAUUAACAAACAGCGAAACUUCGAGAGUGUUAAUUCAAAACUGAAAAAUAGCCUUAAAAUGAAUUAAAAUCUUAAAUUUCUUCUUGCGCAAUCGAACAGAAACCCCUCACCCUUUAUGAAAAGAAGAAAAAAAACUAAGUGGAAAUAAUCUAGCAUAUUUAAACUUUUUAGCUGAAACUUAAUUUCAAAAGAAUAAAAGGUAAAAUGAAAAAGUGAUAUUGAGGUCAAAAACCAAAGUCCCUUUUAAAUUGAAGAGAAAUUAAGUUUGCUUCGUUGCGAUUUGUUUUUUCAAUAUUCAACUAGUGAAAGCAAACAUAUGAAUCCGUGUUGUGUUCAGGCCUUAAGGAACCAUGUUUGAAGAUGUGAACUUUAUGGAAUAAAACAAAACAUUUUGUAUAAAUUUUCAGAAGAAUGUAAUAUUCGUGAACUUCCAAGAGCUGACGAUAUGUAUAUUUAUUGCAUGAUGUUAUUGUUAUGUGCCGUGUAUUGGAUAGCAUGUUUUAAUAAAUGUUUAUCGAGUAA